AUGGGGGGAGAGGUGAGGCUGCCGCCCGGAGAGCCCUGCCGAGAAGGCUACGUGCUGUCUUUGGUCUGUCCAAACUCUUCCCAGGCUUGGUGUGAGAUCACCAACGUGUCACAGCUGCUGGCUUCGCCUGUCCUCUACAAGGACCCGAACGCCAGCCUAACCAACUUGAGCAUUUCCGCAAACGCAGAAAACAAAUACAGCCUUUAUGUGGGCCUGGGCCUGGCAGUAAGUUCCAGUAUUUUUAUUGGCUCCAGCUUCAUACUGAAAAAGAAGGGCCUUUUGCAACUGGCCAACAAGGGCGUCACUAGAGCUGGUCAAGGUGGACACUCUUACCUCAAGGAAUGGCUCUGGUGGGCAGGAUUACUCUCAAUGGGAGCAGGAGAGGCUGCAAACUUUGCGGCUUACGCUUUUGCACCUGCCACGUUGGUCACGCCCCUGGGCGCGCUGAGCGUUCUCAUCAGUGCAAUAUUAUCUUCCUAUUUUUUAAAUGAGCACUUGAACAUUCAUGGGAAAGUAGGCUGCAUAUUAAGUAUAUUGGGGUCGACUGUGAUGGUGAUCCACGCCCCACAGGAAGAGGAAGUCGCUUCGUUGCAUGAAAUGGAAAUGAAAUUGAGAGACCCAGGAUUCAUUUCCUUUGCUGUGGUCAUUAUCCUGAUCGCCUUGGUGCUGAUUUUGAUCGUGGCUCCCAAGAAAGGACAGACCAACAUCUUAGUCUACAUUUCCAUCUGCUCGUUGAUCGGAGCAUUUUCAGUGUCUUCUGUGAAGGGCCUGGGAAUUGCCAUUAAAGAACUACUGGAAUGGAAGCCAGUGUACAAGAAUCCCCUGGUCUUUGUUUUGCUGGCUGUGCUUGUGCUUUCAGUGACGACACAGAUUAACUAUCUCAACAAGGCCCUGGACACCUUUAACACCUCUCUUGUGACUCCCAUUUACUAUGUGUUCUUUACGUCCAUGGUAGUGACGUGCUCUGCCAUCUUGUUCCAAGAAUGGUAUGGCAUGACAGCUGGAGAUAUCAUCGGGACCCUGAGUGGGUUCUUCACCAUUAUCAACGGCAUCUUUCUUCUACAUGCUUUUAAAAACACGGACAUCACCUGGAGUGACCUGACAUCCACCACUCAGAAAGAAGCCCCCUCUCUGAAUGGCAAUGAAGACAACAAGUAUGUCUUACUAGAGAAUAUAGACUGUUCAACCUCGGGAUAUGAGGAUGACAUUACCUUGUUUAGCAGGACUCAUGAAUGA